AGGAGGCUGGAUGGCUGGGGAUGGCUGGGGAUGGCUGGAGAGAUCCCUCCCUCCCUCCCUUCCCCUUUUCCCUGCCUGUGUGUGUUUGCACGUAGACAAAUGUUGUUCCCCAGGAACGGGUGAGAGGUUAGGACACUGAUGGCAGAUGCCGCAUUCAGACAUGGCGCAGCGUUGUGCUGGGAGGCUGCUGUGGGUGGGGGCUGUUUGGCAGCUGGUGGUGGGGUUUGCUGGGGCCGGACUGUACUCCCCCGGGGACCAGGUGGAGACGGUGACCGCGGACACUCUCCCCAAAACCAUCUAUAACUCCAGCACCGCUUGGGCGCUCGAGUUUUACGCGUCCUGGUGCGGACACUGCAUCGAAUUCGCUCCCGUCUGGAAAUCACUGGCUCAGGACAUCAAAGAGUGGAAGCCUGCGGUCAGCCUGGCUGCCAUCGACUGUGCUGACUCACAGAAUCGGAUAUUAUGCAAGACAUUCAAAGUGUUGUUCUAUCCAACAAUCAAGUUCUUCAAAGCGUUUUCCAAAGAGCCCUUCCAAGGACAGCUCUUCAAAGAGAUCAGCAAUGACAAGAUGCAACUCAGACGCAACAUCAUCAGGCUGAUGGAGACACACAAAGGGGACGUGUGGCCGCCCGCCUGCCCACCGCUGGAACCCGCCAGGAUAGCAGAGAUAACACGCUUCUUUGACACCAACGAUGUUCAGUACCUAGCACUGAUCUUUGAGGAGGAAGACUCCUUCCUGGGCAGAGAGGUGACGCUGGACAUGCUGCAGUAUGAGAACAUCGCCGUGCGCAGAGUGCUGAGGAGUGAGGAAAGCCUCGUCACCAAGUUUGGCGUCCACACCUUCCCCUCCUGCUAUCUGUAUACCCCCAAUGACACCUUCGCCGAGGUCACUGUUCGACUUAAAACUCGCAUUUUCUACACAUAUUACCUGCGGCAGCUGGGCGGAGUGACACGUGGUGCCUACAAGCUGACAGUUCAGGAUGCUGCAGCCGCUGGCACCAUGAAACCCUGGCGAAACUUUGACAGUUCCAAGGUGUACAUGGCUGACCUGGAGUCUGCACUGCAAUACUCAUUGAAGGUGGAAGUAGGAAUGCACACACGCCUGGCUGGAGACUCCCUCGCUGCUCUGAAUCACUAUAUUAAUAUGCUUGUUAAGCUGUUUCCUGGCCGUCCUAUCGUGAUUAAUUUGUUGCAGGGCGUGCAGGCUUGGCUGGCUGAUACUCGCUCUACAAAACACUUUGCUGGCUUAUCAGAGGUGCUGGACAACACAAUAGGGCUGCAAAGGGCUGCGCUGCCGAUCGGGGGGAACUGGGCGGCCUGUCAGGGAAGCCGACCUCAGUUCCGACAAUACCCCUGCUCGCUCUGGAUCCUCUUCCAUGUUUUGUCUGUGCAAGCGGCAAAUUACAACGAAUCCCUAUUGAGCACAGUUGAGAUCCCACUGUGUGCAGGCUGCAAUCAGCACAUCCUGGAUAAAUUCAUCUUGAAGGUGUUGGACCGACCUUGGCACAGUAAAUGCCUCAAAUGUGCUGACUGUCAGCUACAACUGUCAGACAAGUGUUUCUCCAGGGCCGGAAACGUUUACUGCAAGGAAGACUUCUUCAAACGUUUCGGAACAAAAUGUGCAGCCUGUCAGCAGGGCAUCCCCCCAACCCAGGUGGUGAGGAAAGCCCAGGACUUUGUCUACCAUCUCCACUGCUUCGCCUGCAUCAUGUGCAACCGGCAGCUGGCCACAGGCGAUGAGUUCUACCUGAUGGAGGACAGCCGGCUGGUGUGCAAGGAGGAUUAUGAGACCGCCAAGCAGAACGACGCUGACGCAGAGGCUGGAGCAAAAAGACCUCGCACUACAAUUACAGCGAAGCAGCUGGAAACCUUGAAGAACGCAUACAAAACGUCGCCAAAACCAGCCCGCCAUGUGAGAGAGCAGCUCUCCUCCGAGACAGGACUUGACAUGAGGGUUGUGCAGGUUUGGUUCCAGAACAGAAGAGCAAAGGAGAAGCGGUUGAAGAAAGACGCCGGGCGACACCGCUGGGGGCAGUACUACAAGACCAUGAAGAGAAGUCGCGGGGGCACAAAAAGUGGGAAGGAAAGCUCGGUGGAGGACGGGGGCCUGAGUGACAGCGAACUAAGCUUCAGAGAUGAUCAGAUACUCCCAGAACUCGGCCACACUAAUGGGAUCUACAGCGGGGUGAGCGACAUCACAGGCAGACCUUUACUUAACGGAGGGUUCACUGUGGACGGCACAGGACAGCAGUACCACGAUCUGAGAGCGAGCAGCCCCUACGGAAUCCCUCAGUCUCCAUCGUCCAUAGCCUCUAUUCCCGCUCACACGCCCUUAAUGAACAGUUUGGGCUACAUUGACAAUAACUUGGGGAUUCUAGCACAAGGAGGACAGGGGAUGAGUCACACCCUGAGAAUGAUGACGGGAGGGCCCACCUCUGACAUCUCUACAGGAAGCAGCGCUGGCUACCCAGACUUUCCAACGAGCCCUGCCUCCUGGCUCGAUGACAUGGACCACCCUCAGUUCUAA